UCCAAUUUACCCUCUGUCUUUCUCUCUCUACCUUGGUAGUUGCACAAGACGGCGACAUCAUUCUAUCACCAAAAAUCUCUUUUUCUUCUGGUUUUCCAUUUCUACAUCGGACAAUCUUCGGUUGCAGAGAGAGACCUGCUGUGACAAGUUCUUUGGGAGGAGGAAGUUGUAAGUUUCGUGGAGUUCUGUGCACUUCCAUGGGCGCUCUGGUCUUGUUAUAAGUUGGAAAAACUAGGGUUUUUUAUUCAUGUUAAUGGCUAUGAAGAUGGGGUCAUCUGGUUCAUCAGAGGGGCAUAUAAAAGGGGUACUCACUCGUGGUGGUCGCUACGUUCGAUACAAUAUAUUUGGUAACCUUUUCGAGGUUCCCACCAAGUAUGUGCCCCCUAUUCGCCCCAUAGGAAGAGUGGCUUAUGGCAUAGUUUGCUCUGCUGUGAACUCAGAAACCAAUGAAGAGGUUGCUAUCAAGAAAAUAGGUAAUGCCUUUGAUAACAGAAUCGAUGCCAAAAGGACUCUAAGAGAAAUAAAGCUCCUUCUUCAUAUGGAUCAUGAAAAUAUUAUUGCCAUCAAAGAUAUCAUACGCCCACCUGAUAGGGAAAAUUUCAAUGAUGUUUAUAUUGUGUCUGAGUUAAUGGAUACAGAUCUUCAUCAGAUAAUACGCUCUAAACAACCUUUGACAGAUGAUCAUUGCAAGUAUUUUCUAUAUCAAUUGCUGCGAGGGCUGAAAUAUAUACACUCAGCCAAUGUUCUUCACCGUGACUUAAAGCCCAGCAAUUUGCUUCUAAAUUCCAACUGUGACCUUAAGAUAGGUGACUUUGGACUUGCACGGACUACAUCAGAAACGGAUUUCAUGACAGAGUAUGUUGUCACUCGCUGGUACCGAGCACCAGAAUUGCUCCUAAGUUGUUCAGAGUACACUGCUGCUAUUGAUGUUUGGUCUGUUGGAUGUAUAUUCAUUGAAGCGGUCAUACGGGAACCUCUGUUUCCUGGUAAAGACUAUGUUCAACAACUGAGGCUUAUCACUGAGUUACUAGGUACACCAAGUGACUCGAGCCUUGGGUUUCUACGAAGUGAGAAUGCGCGCAGAUAUCUUCGCCAAUUCCCACAAUUCCCCAAGCAAGAAUUUUCACAAAGAUUUCCAACCAUGUCUCCUGAGGCUGUUGAUUUGGUUGAGAAAAUGCUCGUAUUUGAUCCCAGCAAGCGCAUCACAGUUGAGGAGGCAUUGGCCCACCCUUAUUUGGCAUGUCUUCACGACGUCGAUGAUGAACCUGUUUGCCACUCGCCUUUUAAUUAUGACUUUGAGCAGCCAUCAAUCACAGAAGAGAAUAUUAAGGAUCUUAUCUGGGGAGAAUCUCUCAAAUUUUAUCCAGAUCCAAAGAAGUAGAAUAUGUAGUUUACUAUGUCAUCCCUUGGAUGUAAGAAAUUUGUAUGGAAAUUUUAGGUAUGAUUAACCUGUUCUCAUAUGGAAGUUAUAGGUAUGAUUAAACUAUUCUCAUAUGGCUGAGGGAACCAUAUCUUAAUUAGGGAUGGAGUGACAAUUGAUGUUGCCUAUCUUGAAGGCCCAAAGGCAGAGGGGAAUAUACGAUGUUCUAUAAAAAUAAAAUGGGAUGCGGUCUUCCCUCAAUCAAUGUUUGUGACUGUUGGAGGGGCAGUUAUGGAGGGGCAGUUAAAUUAUUAUUGAGUGGGCUCAAUCUGUAAAGUUGUAAGACUUUUAAGUUCUAUUGUUUAUCAGCUAGAAUGUUCCAAAACCUUGUAUGUGUUUCGUGGUGCUUGUGCUUUAAUUGUUUGUGCCA